AGAGUUUUCACUUUUGUCCGGCGCGGACAUCCGACGAUCGAAUAACAAUACGAUUUUCUUCGCAAAAUAUUUGUAAUUUUUUUGUUCACACCUCCACCUACCCCCACCCUCUUUUCGAACUGUACGCGUUUUGAACCGUUUUGAUAUUAGAGAAUUCGACGGGCAGGUAAGAGAAAUUUUUAAUAAUAAUAAUAAUGAAAAAUAUCAUUGUAACUACAUGCAGUGGAUUCUGCACUUAAUGUGGGACACGUUGGGAUCAAUUACGUUUGCUCACGUUAAGCGGUUGCCCAAAAUAACCGAAAUGAAUAUCGUUAUACGUUAGAAUCGGGAUCAUUACGUCCAUUUUUAAAGUAUGAACAAAAAAAAAAAAACAAUAUUUACUUAAGACUAGAUUAAACAAAUGUAAAGAUUCUAAUAACCAUUUGACAAUAUUUUCUUUAGCAUUACUAUACUUAUAACAGAUGAUUUUGUUUCUCAUAUAUAAAUUUGUAUAAUGUCGAACCGCUAAAACGAAAUGAUAACACCAUGUAUUUUGACCAGGUUCAAUCAUAAAUAACAAAAAUAUUUUAAAAUCUUGGGCUUGAUCAUGCUAUCAAUUAUAAAUGACUUCAUGAAAAAAAAAUUCAAAAUAAUUGUAAAAACACUAAAAAAAAAUAUAAAAAUGCGCACAUAUAAUUGACACAUAUAAUUAUACGACCCACGGGUGGGAGGGCGAUGAAAAAUAUAACAAUGCGCACAUAUAAUUGACACAUAUAAUUAUACGACCCACGGGAGGGAUGCCCCCUUCGCCACCUUCCACAGGUAAACCACUGAUCUUACGGCUGAUGUUUAGAAUUGGAUAAUGUCGAAUUUUCAUUCAUAGAUCCGAUGUACUGUUUAUUUUAAUAUUAAAGCAAAUUGGCCUAUUAUCAAACUUAAAGAAUAUUAUAAUGAUAAUAUUAUCUGCGUUACUAUACAAUUAUGGUUUUAUUUCCAAUGUUUGAAUUUUAAAGUACGGCAUGAACAUGUGAGAUAAUACAACUUAAACAUGUUUGUAUCUCGGUAAAAUAUUGAAUUAAAACCUACGUACAAACGUGAAAAAUGUUUUUAUCUUUGAGGGGAUUGGAAACGGUGAUUUUCUAUCUUAGUCUAUCACACGUGCAACAUAGAAAUUUAGACGUAUUCUAUUUCUGAUGUACCGAUUGGUUUUCGAUUGAAAGCGAUAAGAAUUUUGAAUACAGAUUCGAAUUUGUCGUCAAGUCUACUUUAAAUUAACUUUCUAACAUUUUUGAUUUCAUCUCCCUAAAUCUUAAAAAAAUAGCCACACUAAAAAUAUUGAGAAUUAUAUACUAAGCUCUAUAACUAGAAAUUUUCCAUCACGGUUUAUUAAUCUGGGAAGGACUUUUAGAUAACGUUCUUAAACAUAGGCGCAACUAAGCCUUAAAUUUUGGAGGAGGAGGUUUAAAAUGAUUAUAACAAUAUAAAUCACUCUUUUUGUAUAAUAUUUUUAAUUGGUUGUUAAUGGUAUAGGAGUAACGUUUCAAAACGUGUUGCAAAAAAUUAUAUUUGUAAAUCAAAUUUUAGCAGGAUUAAUUUAAAUCGUUCGAUAAUAACAUGAAAUCGUGAUAAAUGAUAUUUUUUUAUGCAUAAUAAUAAUAGUAUUAUAUUACCGCGAGGAGAAGCAGAUUCAACUUUCACGGAAGACUGCGCCUACGGUUUAAUAUUUUUAAAAUAGUAUUAUUACUAGUUUUUCAAACCGGUUUUCUGUGUAAAUAUAUCGUGUAUAGGUAUAUUAACCUGGCCGAACAAGUGGUUUUAUUUUGACAGGUUAUGGAGUUUAUAGCGACGGCGAGUGCGGCUCAGUUCUACGGCGGCGUAGACGGGUAAAGUCGUCUGCAGUCGUACAGUGCCGGAAAAACAUAUCUCGCGAUUAUAUUAUUUUGUACGUUUCUUUUGUUCACGACGGUGACGUGUUAUAAGAUAUAUUUUGAUUUCCGUUCGCCAACAACGACCUAACGAUUAUCGAUAUCUUCACACACCGGUGUUUCUACAAUCCUUAAUAACAAUAUUACAUAUUAUAUUGCUAUCGUGUUUUGGAUUGCGUGUAACCUUAUCAAUAUUCCAUUUUUUACGCACUGCAACAGGUACAGUUUUAUGAUUAUUUAAGUAAAAAAAAAAAAAAGUGUUCGCACUUUUAUAAUACACAACUAUACAUUUUAAACGCAUACCGAUGACAGUUAAAUUGUAUUUGGACAUGUUCACUAUUACUAUGGUUGUUUACUCGUUAUAACGACUAAGCCGCGCAUUUGUCUGCGGUUUAAAUUCACCUCAAAACGCAAAAGUUACCUAUUCAUUUUUGUUAGGGAUUUGUUGACGUUCGUUUUUACGCUGCAUAAUAUCUAUUGCAUUACAUAAUUCUUGUACUCGGUUAGGCGUACGUACGUUAAAAAUUAACGUUGAUGGAAAUUAACGGACAAAAUUAACGUUGAACGUGAACGAAAAAUGUAUUAUAUAAUGGUGUUGCACAUACAGACUCAUCGCUUUAAUAUUACAGUAGUUAUUUAAUAUAUCCAAUCGUUACCAUAAAACAAUAUUUAAUACGUGAUUAUAUAUUCUUUUAAAAUUUAAAUGAAUUGAUAGAAUUUAAAAUAUUUAAUAUAAUAACGGUCAGUGGAGGUCAGUGUCCAGGAAUUUUCAAUGGGAGGGGAUGUAAAUAAUAAUCACGAUUCAGGAAUAAAUUGUUGAAUCUUCUUUUGUCAUACCUAACUCGACAAUGUGAAUUUAAAUGCCAAAUCCAAAAAAAUCCAAACUUGACUGAGGUAUAUUAUUUAAAUUUAAAUAAAUUCUCGUAGUUAUUGUAUUUUUAAGCGAAUGGGGAGGGGAGAAUAAAAUGUAUAAAAGCUCCAUUUACAUGCCACUUGGCGUACUUAGGCUUUAAGAUUUUGUCAAGAUGGGAUAUAUUUACAUAUAAGGACUUAUAAAGUGGUUCGGAUAGUUUUGUUUUAAACUUGAAAACGUAUACGUUCAGGUUUUAUUCGGUGUUAUGUAUAUUAACUAUAAUUAUUAAAUUGUUGAUUUUUAUGACUAGAAAGUAAAAAGAAAUCAAUGUUUAAAAAUGUGUUAUCAUCUAAAUAGUAGAACACAAGUAAAAACUUCCAGGGGGAUAUAUCACCUGAAUCUCCCACUGUAAAUACGCCACCGAUACAGAUAAUAGCCAAUAUAUAGGUACGUAUAAUUUAAAAUCGUGUAUGAGGUCUAAAAUAUGGUAAUAAUAUUGUCAUAAACCUCGUACCUUCAACAGCACAAUAUAUUUAUUAUUUUUUCGUCAUUUUUACAAUUCAAAUAUUUAUUAGUACCUAUGAUAUUCAGUUUGUCAGUUUAUUUAUUUGCAGAGAAUUCACACAAAAAAUAUUUUAGAUUUACAUAACAGGUUGGUUUAUUAAAAACAAAAAAAAAAACAAUUAUUCUAUAAUAUCAUUCGGUCAAUUUAAAUUAUCUAACCAUAAACCUAUACUCAUAAUACCAAGCAAUAAAUAAUUGGUUAUAAAAAAAUGUUAUAAAUCAUAAACAUAUACCUAUUAUACCUACAAUAUAGGUAAUUACUGUUAAUUAUGUAUUAUACUAUUACAGUGAUAAUAAUAAUUCGUAUUUUAUUGUAUGAAUAACGCCGUUUUUAAAAAUCGUUUAUUUCGUCUUGCAUAACAUUAUGUCUCUUGCGCAUCUUAAUAUGUGUAGAUGAAUUCAACAAAAUACAUAUAUUCGAUUCGCCCAUUUUUACCGAAUUUUCCCCGAGAAUAGAGAUUAACAUAAUAUUAAUGUGUAUUUGGACCAAAUGAAUUCUAACUCUGGCAUUACUGUAUUAUUAAGUUAUUAUAACCUACACAUUUUUUGACUGCAAUUGUUUUUUUUUUUUUUUUUUAUAACACAAGUCACUUAGUGUGUUGUGAAGUUGGCUUUGAUAUUUUAUAAAUUGAUCUUAUAUUGUAUCUGAUUAAUAACUGUAAUUAUAAUAAUUAAUAAUUAUAGUUAUAUUAUGUAACUAUUAACAAUAUAAGUCAACAUAAGUGAUAUAUUAGUAAUAUUGUAAAUAGAAUUCAUUCUAUAAAAAUAAAAUAAAUACAAAAUCACAAUUUUUUUGUAAGUUUUAAAAUGAUUGGUUGAAUUUCAAUAUGAAUUUAACCAAUGUGUUGUUGUUGGCGAAAGAUGUUAUUUUAUAGCUUUGUACACUGUUUCAGACCAGUGCUGGAUCCAGGGGGGGGGAGUAUUAAUUAGUCUCUCCUCUAAAACACCCUAUUAUAGUACGCUUUUUUCUUAUAUUGUGGUAAAACCUAUAUUAAGCUUUAGUGUUUUAAAUGGUUUUACUUUUUUUAGGGAGCGGGGGUAAAAAGAUUCACCACUGUUACAGACUCCCCGAACGAAGUCAUUGGAUAAUAUGUAGUAUAUGCAUGACGUUAUAUAGUAUCAAAAAUAUGAGUAUGUCUUUUAGGAGUUUUAACUUUCAACCGCCUUACCAUUGUUAUAGUAAAUAAUGUUUCCAUUUUUAUUUUUUUUUAUGCUUUGUUUUGCAAAUAAUAUUUUUAUUUAAUAAAAUAGGUGGGGAAAAAAUCGACUCUAGCAAUGGUACUCCACUACUCACUGCUCACGGAUGUUUGUCUUUUCAUUUUUAGUAAAAUGUAUCUACUUUAAUUAUAUUCGAUCUUUCCGGUGCGCAUAGGCCUUUUCAGAAUACGUUUCACCGAAGUCAUAAAUCAAAUUAGUUUGCUUGUAGAUUGUAAUAAUUUGGGUAAAACGUCGAGGAGAAAUACGAAUGAUUAUAGUUUCUUUUGGCAAGCAAAGAGACUUUCAUAAGCCUCCCAAGGUAACGUCGUUCACGUAUCAGUAGAUACGUUUCAUAAAGAAUCGAUAUACGAUCGUGAAAUAAACAAACAAUAAAUUACGAUCAAUCGGUAUAAUCGGUUAGUUAAUACACAUUUUUUUUUUCUGUUAGACUUUAUAAAUCAAAUCAUAUAGCUAUAAAAUAAUUUUAAAUUCCCCGAUGACACUAAUGAGUUUUACAUUUAUUGAUGGUAUACUAGAUUUUUCAAAAAUGUUAAAAAGGAUGCCGCGACCGCAUGACGUGCUGACUCUGUCUUACAAACCCUUAUCUUAAGUCCUCUUAACGUUAUCAUAGGUAUCGAUAACUGUUUAGUUAUAAUAAAUAACAUUUUUCUCAAAAUAUAUAAAAAUAAUGCGUUAAGUUCGACUAAUACGUAGAAAUGUAAUAUUAGACGCUGUUGGUUUUGACUUAAAUUCAAAAUCUCACAUUAUUGGUACUAUACACUAUUACCUACUUACAGUCAAAUAAUAUUUUUCGAAAAUACUACGCCAAUAUUUAUUUUCGGCACAUUUAUUUUCUACCGCUGUGCCUAUAUUAUAUCGCUGUUACUAUUUUUGAAUACUUUUUCACAAUUAUUAUUAUAAUACCAUUUCAGUGAACUUAUAAGUGUAUAAGUAUACUUACAAGUGAAUAGCAUUCGUGUCAAUAAUGUUUGUAUUUUGUCUGUUGCAGCUCAAAUGGAGAAGCUUCCGUUAAUAUCGAAAGUGAAUGGUUUCGUCAAAAGACCCCUUUUGGCGAGUUUUAUCGGUAAGUGUAUAAUAUUCAGAUAUACGCCUGCAGUAUAAUAAUUAUUUUUAAACGCCGUUUUUUCUUUUUUAUCGUCGCUCUCCGUGUCUCUUGUAUUACAGCUUCCAUCAUGUCGUUCGCUUCGGGGACCGUUGUCGCCGGUUGGACAGCACCCGAGACACCGGCGGUCGUUGGCGAGACACUAUUUAUGCCGAGAUCCAUGGAACAAUCGUCGUGGAUCGUUUCCAUAUACGUAAUCGGUGCGCUCAUCGGAGCUUUGCCGGCUGGUAAAAUUGCGAAACGAAUCGGCAGCAAAAAAUGUCUAUUGUUACUAGCGGCCCCCAUGCAUUUCGGAUGGUUAAUCAUCAUGUUUUUCGUGAACCAAGUAAAUAACAUUUUUAUUAUUAUAAUACUAUGAUUAUUUAGCCGAGAAAGUAGAGAAAAGAUGACUGCAGUUGGCUGGUCAUGCGUGAGGCUGUAUAAUACGGUACAGGAUCAAACUUGAAAAUAAACCCUUUUUGUAAACAUUCAGUGAACAUUUUAUACAAACUCAUGAUGAUACAUCCGGAAAUUUACAUACGUGGAUCGGAGAACUAUGGGUCUCUAUAAUCCCUCCUUCCUAAAUCCGGGCUUAGUCUUGCGCUCAAACCGCCGAAUAAAGUUUAAUAUUCCAAAAGGAAAGGCUGCAUACAAAUAUUAACUACACUAUUACUCAUUUUUAUCUACAUGAGUAUUUUUAUUAAAUUUAUUCUUCAAUUUCAAAUAUAAUUUAAUUUUUUUUUUGGUAUUUUUUUUUUAACAUUCAUUACCAAUAUCCAGUAGAACAAUAUAUUCAAGUAUAAUGUCAUUAAUCAUAUUUAUUGUUGCUAUGACUUUUUUUUUUUUUGAGGGCGGGGGUGAAUAUUUUGAGCUUGGAGGUGCUUAAGCCUUCCAAACACUCCUCUAGUUGCAUCUAAAUGGCCUUGAGUAGAUGGGAAUAUUAGGUGAAGAGCGGUAUGGAAACGUUUAAACUGGAAACCGAUUUGCAUGAUUUGGCGAUUGAUAGGAUAUAUGUAUAUAAUAUGUUAUGGAAAAAAAAUAAUAACCGGUUAUUUAUAUUACAUUUUAGUUGCCAUGGACAAGAAAAUCUCUUUUUGAAAAAUGUAACCAAAAACCCGGAUUAUAUUGAUUAUCGUAUAGUACUCGAGAACAGAUAAUAUAAUAAAUGUUCAGGUUUAUAUUCGCGCAUCAUAAUGGUAAAUGUUAACAUAAUAUUAUACCAGGGGUUUUGGUGAAUGUUGACAUUUUUAUAGACGUUUUAAAAUUUCGUUAACACACGCAAUACGUAUUUGGUGUAUGGUGCAUAUAUUUAUAAAAAAAAACUGCAAGUUUUUUAACAUUUUAAAUUCUGACCGAAGUGAGGAAUGUAUUGGUUUUACAAUGAUGUUUGUUUUUUUUAUACUUUAUGCAAAAUUUCUACCAGAAAUCUUGCUCUAAUUUUAAAGUGUAACUUCUUUUCUGGAAGAAAAUUUUUAAUUUUAUCUAUUAGGUACUUUAUGGAUGUCAUUUUUUUGGUUUUCCAAGCAUUUUUUAUAUUUGGGUAAACUUGGAAAAAAUAUAGGAAAAACGAGAAAAUACGAAAACAAUACUUUAAUUAUUUUCAAUAUUGUGUGUCCCCCUAAUACAAUACCCUAUUGGAAAAAAAAAUGAAUACUUACAGAGUUAUUACUAUUCGGAUAACACUGUAGAAUUCCCUGUAUUAUCGUUCAAUACAAUACACAAGCAAUAGUAAUAGUUUGAAUGGGUAUCCUAUUAAGCGGCUGUUUCAUGACCAAAUCUGGCGGGUAUUUGUGUGGAUGUCAAAUAUUUUAUCAAUUUUAGAUAAUAUUGUAUUAACAAUAAAGGCGAAGUACAAGAGCGUCUAUAGUAGCCUUCUGAUUCUUCUGAGUUCGGGCUAUUAUGAGGUUUUCGCUAUUGUAUUGUAACUGCUUUGUCGAAGAAAGAUUUCACGCCACCACUGCGGACAAGGCCACGUUGGUAAUUCUAAUCCAAUACUAAUGUUUUAUUACAGAUUUAUUUGAUCUACUUGGGACGUCUUCUGUGCGGAUUGUCUUUAGGAGCCGUCACAGUAGUGGUGCCUCUGUACAACUACGACGUCUCUCCAGACACGUGUCGCGGUAGGGGAGGAGUGUAUUUGGAUUUCAUGUUGUGCGCCGGUAUACUGUACUCGUACAUGGCCAGUUCCGUGAUGGGCUUGGCCAUAUUUUCGUUUACCUGCUCCUUAAUACCAAUCGUGUUCUACGUGUUGUUCUCGUUCAUGCCGGAAUCGCCGCAUUAUUUGUAUAACCGAGGACGCUACGUGGACGCCAAAUCGGCUCUAAAGUGCGUUAUAAUUGAAACAAUAUAGGCAUAUAUAUGUCUUAUUAAUAAAACGUAAUUUAUGCAUAAUAUUUAGAUGGCUACGGGGCGAAAACUACAAAGUGGAUGCUGAAUUCGAUAGAUUCGUGAGAUUGAAGAACGAAGACAACAGCCCUUCCAUAUACUACGAACAAAAGUACGGUUUGAUACUAAUAUCACACAGAAACGUAUUUAAGUUUUUAGCACCCGGGUGGUAUUAUUUUUUGUCCACCACAAUAUAAUUUUAAUAAUAAUACAAAUUUAGUUUUUUUUGUUUUAAAUUUAUAUAUGAACUGUACCUUGAAUUAUAAUUGUGUUACUUAUAUAACCAGUGGUCGUGGUGCACACCAGAAUAUGUCAGAGUGUCGAUCGAAAACAUUUUAAAAUACGUGGUAGAAUAAUUAUUUCUGUUACGGUUCAACAAUAAAAUAAUUUUUAAUAUUAUAUUAAAUCCCACUCUAAAAACCUAAAAAAAAUGAAAGAACUUACUUACUUACCUUACUUAAAACAUCCCCGUUUAAUUAGUUCCUCGACCAAUAUAUCAACUGUAUGGUUGGUGGAUGGGUACCUAGACAUGUUUACGUUUGUCCCAUUUGAUAAGUAUUCAUUUUUCGCCACUAUAUACCUGUAUCAAAUUGUUCGUUAUCUACUUAGUAUUCACUCAUACAUUAAGUAUUAUACGGCAUACGUUUGAAUUAUCUACCGAAGUUUGUGAAGAUAUAAUUUUACAAUUGUACACUGUUUGCUGUUCAAUUCAAGUACAAUAAUGAGAUGACAAUAAAUAAAUAAAUAAUAAUACGAUAAACCAGAAUUGAGAGGUUGGAGUAUACCUUUUUAAUGAUGUUAACGUUACAGGUAUAGAAAUAUGUUUAGAAAUACCGCCCGGGCCAUCAUCCCCCCUAGUCUCCCCUAAAUACGUUUCUGCGAUUAUACACGAUAUAAUAUCAAAUUGUGUUUUUCGAGUUUAUGUAUAACCGAAUAUUCGAACGGUUUUUCAGGAAUAUAUUUAAGAAAGCGAUCGUUUUGUCGUUGGCUCUGGCCACCAUACAAAGACUGUCCGGCACCGGUGCGAUCAUACAGUUCACGGCGAAACUUUUCAAAAUAUCCGGUUCGUCCGUCGAACCGAUCACGGCGUCGAUAAUAACCGGCAUUUUUCAACUCAUCGGUUCGGCUGUCGCCAUUCAGCUCAUCGACAAAGUCGGUCGUAGAAAACUUCUAUUGGUAUCGUCCGCGGUCGUGGUAUUGUGUUUGACCAUGUUGACAGUAUACUUCUACUAUUUAAACAAAGGUAAUGUAUCCAUCAAACGGUGACAUCUGCACGCGGGUUAUUCUGCGAUUCUGCAAUCCUGAGCCAAUACGAUAGUUUUGAGGGCGGGGGAAAUAUUUUUUUUUUAAUUUCCGCUAUUGAAAUAAUUUGGGUUUAAAAAAAUCUCUUUGCAUGCAUAGGAUAGUAAUAUUAAUUAAUUAGUUGUAAUAAUUAAAAACUAUUAGAUACUGAGUGACGCGAGGAAUAUAACGUUUUAUUAUGCCGAGUUUGUUUGGUAUUUUUUGCGUCUGUAAAUAACUUUUCUACUAGAAAUCAAGAAAUUUCUUGUUUAAUUUUUAAUCUAGUUAAUGCAUUGAGAAGAGACUUUGUACAAUUAUCUUUGUAUUUUUCUUUAUUAAUGGAAAAAUCUAGUGAAUUGUUUAUAUGAUUUUUUUUUACUUCUUGAUUACUUUGGCAACAAAGAAAAAAUAUGAAUGCAGUGUUCAGAAUCAAUUUGUGUUAGUAACAGUUCAUUGUUGGGUAUAAAUGUAAAUGUGAUUACUCUCUAAAUAUUUUGUUCCAACUUCCCUCAUAAAACAGUGGCACACUUAUCAGUAGUGUCAGCCUUUCUAUAUUUAUUUAUAGGCAUGUAGAAACUCAUUAUAAUAUUCAAUCGAGAAUUGUUACUAAAAAAAAAAAAACAAGAUUGGAAUAAACUUGCCUGCAAAUUUUCCGACUGGUAGGGAAUGGAGGUAUUUAUCAAAACAAAAUUAAAAAAUUGUUGAUACUGCUGAUGAGUAUUUCACAAUCAUAGGUAGAAACUUGGGAAUGUAUAGGAUACCUUGAGUUAUUUAAUUUAUAUCUAAACGAAAUAAUAAAUCAUUACGAACUAAACACGAUUCUGAGCAAAGUUCGGCUAAACUUUAUUUUAAAUUUUGUGCUUUUUUACGCUUAUUGUCAAAAUUUUAACUUAAAAAAAAACGUAUAUAAGAACUACAUUAUGUUCAACUUUUUUUUUACUACUAAGUACAAUUUAUAUUGAACCCCGUGUAAUUGAGUAUUUCUUUUCGGUCAAAAUAAUUUUAUUUUUAUACAAAAAAAACCAAUUAUAUCUAAAAGAAAUUCAAAAAUACCAAAUUUCAAUAAAUAGAUAAAAAAUCAACAGAAAAUUUUAAAAAUUUAAGUAUUUCAUACAAAUUGCAGGUCUCUGUGAUUGUUUUAACGAAUUACUAAUUUUUUUUUGUAUUUCCGACGUUUUUUUGAUGGUUGUUACCAGUCAUUAAGAAAAUUGCAAGGAAAAUCAAAAAUGUCUUCAUACACCGACUAGACGAAAUUUGCAUUUAGAAUUGAUGCUACACUUGAAAAUCAGAGCAAGAUUUCUGGUAAAAAAGUUGUUCGCAAACAGAUAAAAAAAAAAAAAUGUUGAAAAACGUCAUAGUUCCACGCUUCGCUCAUAACCUAAAAAUAUAUUCAUCCAUUAAAAUAAUGUUUUUAUAAAUUAUUAUUUUCAGGCACACUCGAAAACUCUUCGUUAAAAAUUCUGCCAAUCUUCAUAGUGUGUACGUUCAUCGUGUUUUUCAGACUGGGUCUGGGACCGAUUCCGUGGUUCAUGACCACCGAACUACUUGGUGGCGAUCACACUAACUCAGGCGCUCAGUCUUACGUGGCUUCUUAUUCCUGGAUAUUGUCAUUUUUCGUGAUGCAAACAUUUUUACCGCUAGUGGCAGCCUGGCCAGUGGCCCUGUGGUUCGGAUAUGGCGUGUUGUCCGCUAUUGGGUUUUUCGUUAUAUUGUUUUACAUACCCGAGACCAACAACAAGAGUGACGACGAAAUUCGCCAAUCGCUAAUGCAGUGAAAAAUACUACAGAAUAUGGACCAUAAAAAAUGUAUUAUAACGUCAUGUUCGUAAAAUCAGUAUAAGUGGAGUAUUUAUGUUUUCUCACACAGUUGUAUGAUAUGUUUUUAAAAUAAUUGUCAUCGAAAGACGAAAAAACACUAUUAACUGUACAAUAUUAUAAUAUUUUCUAUUGUGUUCAUAUUUGUUUUUAAGUACCUAUAUAUAUAUAUAAUAUAUUUUUUAAUACAAUCGUAAAAUUAUUUUUAUUAGACAAUCUAUUUAUACAUUUUUUAUUUCGAUACAUUUGAAAAUGGUCAUUAAUUUUUUAAACCCAUUUAAUAUUAUGCACUUAUUCGUAUACUGUUCUCAUUUGUAAUAUUAUAUUUUGUAUGAUUGUAUGAUUGUGCG